AUGACACCGGAAGUCCACAGUGACAGGCGAGACUGAGUGGAAAGUGAAGAGCAGCGAGCUGCAGUUGGAAAGUUAAAAGUACAGUUUAAUGUACCCUCCAGAGCCGAGAUAGCUUCUGAUCAUGACAUCUAUCUCAGAGAAUAGUGAUAAGGAGAAGGUGCGCUCUGUAUCGGUGGACUUGAACAAUGACGCAUCUCUUCUCAUUGAUAUCCCUGACGCCCUCUGUGAACGCGACAAAGUCAAAUUUACCGUCCACACCAAGACCACACUUAGUUCCUUUCAGAAGCCAGAAUUUUCUGUGCCACGGCAGCACGAAGAUUUCAACUGGCUCCAUGACACAAUGGUGGAGACUGAGGACUACGCUGGCCUCAUUAUCCCUCCUGCCCCACCAAAGCCUGACUUUGAGGGUCCCAGGGAGAAGAUGCAUAAACUGGGAGAGGGAGAAUCCAGCAUGACAAAGGAGGAAUAUGCCAAAAUGAAGCAAGAACUUGAGGCGGAAUAUCUUGCUGUUUUUAAGAAGACCGUGCAGGUUCAUGAAGUUUUUCUACAGCGGCUCUCCUCGCACCCCAUCUUCAGCAAGGACAGAAACUUACAGAUAUUCCUGGAAUACGACCAGGAUCUCAGCGUGAGGAGGAAAAAUGCCAAGGAAAUGUUUGGUGGAUUUUUUAAGAUCAUGGUAAAAAGUGCUGAUGAGGUCCUCAUGUCAGGGGUCAAGGAGGUUGAUGAGUUUUUUGAGCAGGAGAAGACUUUUCUAUUGGAUUAUUCAAACAAAAUCAAAGAUGCCACUGCUAAAGCUGAGAAAAUGACCAGUUCACACAAAAAUGUUGCUGAUGAUUAUAAUCAUAUUUCUGCUGCUCUGAACAGCACUGCUGCAGACAACAACACUGCCUUGAAAAAGCACUUAGAAAAAUUUGCUGACACGUUUGAAAAGCUUAGAAAAGUAGAGGAUAGGGUGGCGUCAGAUCAAGAGCUCAAGCUGACAGAACUUUUGAGAUAUUACACAAGGGACAUUCAAGCUGCCAAGGACCUUUUAUACAGACGUGCUCGGGCGCUUGCUGAUUACGAGAAUUCCAAUAAAGCUCUUGACAAGGCUCGUCUGAAGAGUAAGGACAUCGCACAGUCUGAGGAGCACCAGAGGCAGUGUCUGCAGAAGUUUGACAAGCUCUCCGAGUCUGGCAAGAAAGAGCUCACCAGCUUCAAGGCAAGGCGUGUAGUGGCCUUUCGUAAAAACUUGGUCGAGAUGACCGAGUUAGAGAUAAAACAUGCCAAGAAUAGUGUGUCCCUUCUGCAGGGCAGCAUUGAGAUGCUGAAAAGAAACUGACUUACACGAUGACAUCACUUGACCAUCCUGAGCACUUCGAAUUGUUACUGACCUAUUAUAGGGGAACCUGGAUGCACCUACUUCACAUAGCCCUAACAUGGCUCAGUAACCACUCUAAAAACAUGAAAUAGAGCCACCACCAGCACAAUGUCUCUACCAUGUUUACACUUUUCUGUAUUGUGCUUCUCCCCUAUUUACUGCCAGUAUCUUGCAGCGUCAAACUGAGGGCAGUGACUCCUUCCAUGAACAACACUUAAAACCUCUCCCAUUUAUUUGUCUCUUUUUGGAGUUAUCAGUAACACAAAUACCUGUGUUACCACCCCUUUCUAUUUUAAGUAUUUUGUUUUGCUUGCAUUAGCUGAGAUGUUUUAGCUCAGAUUACGCAGACAUUAAUAACAGAUAAAGUAAAAGUGUAUUGCUUUAGUGAAUUUGCUAUGAUUACACCAGAAGUUGUCAUUUAUUCAUGCAUCUGUUGACUUGCAGAAUCAUUUUGUUGUUGUUCUGUUUUUGACUGCAGUUUUGUACCUCUAAAUGUGAUUAUUAAUCUGCUUUUUGUGUCACAAUGGAAAAUUGAUUGUUUAUGAUUAGUUCUAUUAUCUAUCAUAUAAAGUUAGGAGGAAAAACAGUUCAGUUUAAACCUCAGCUGAAGUGUUGUUAACAUGUAAUAUUUGUCAGAUAGGCUGACGGAUCUCCUCAAAAUACGGUGAAAAAUCAUUCCUCAUAACGAUUUUUCUAUUCAGGAAAGUUUUAGACAAAGAAAUUACCCAAUGUCACACAUUACUUUGGGGGGAAAAAAAAUAGAAGUCCUAAGGGAAUGUUGACAUUCAUUAAUGGUCAAAUUCCAUGAAAGAUUACCCUUUGCCAGGGUCAAAUCAGCACUUUCUCAUUACAUCAGUUUUUUGUUGUCUGAUUCUUUUGUCUUAAUGUAAAGGACUGGCUGUAAGAUUGCAUGCAAACCCCGAUGCCUCCAGUGUUUAAAAGUAUGCAAUAAGCAGUUCCCCACACAUGAGCUGUGCGUUUCCUAAAACUCUUCCCUUUCAGGAGACUGAAGACAGAUUCACUAUACAGUAUUUACUUUGUUAGUUUUCUUCCACACCCUUCCUCAAAAUGAAAAUCAUUAUUCCUUAUUCAAAUGUUAGUUUGUUUUUUGCUUGACUAGAUGUUUUCUCGUUGUUAUUACUGAAAUCAACAGUCUAAAAGACUAGCUGCAUUCAAUGGACCAAAAUUUGUGUAAAGUUUGGUUUAAUGUAAAACCACAAGCAUUUGCAUGCUAUUCUGAUACAUGAGAUGAUGUUUUGUAAAAGCACUAUUGCAAUCAUGUACAAGCACAGGUAGUUCAAAAAUAGAUACAUUUUAUAAAUGAAUGUACAGAUGAAAAAAGUAUUUUCAUAUGGAGUAUCAUUUUUAUGAAAAUUGCAAUAAUGAAAUUAAAUAUGCCCUGCUUUCCCAAUA